AAUCAAAAUUUUGUAGUUCACAAUUAAAAUACAAACAUUUGAAUCGAAAAUAGCAAACUUGGCACCACUGGUGCAACGGGCGCCACCAAUUCACUGCAGCCCUAGUUUGGCCCAUAAACCACCGAAAUGAAUAAGUUGGCAACGCCGGAACAUAAAAGUAUUGAUUGGGGAGAACAACAUCCAGCCAUUUGGAGCUGUUGCUAAUACAUCGACGACAUAAGCGUAUAGAUUGGGGAGAAUAGCAACAAUUUGGAACUGUUGCAAAAUAUCAAUCACGUAGCAGCACAGUAUGGAUGUGUUUAAUAAGUUUUAUUCAACGGCCGUGCACACAGUUUCCCAGCUUUCGGCGGCCCUGCCAGGAAACAAUGUCACACGGGAGUACGAGGUGCUGGAAUUCGUGUGCACAGCCGGUAUAGGACUCAUGUGGAAGGUGUACAAUGGAUACAAAAAGAGCACCAAACAAGAAGUGUCCGUGUUUGUGUUCGAGAAGAAAGCACUAGAACGCUGGUCCAAGGAUGAUCGCGAGACAAUGCUGGAGACACUAAGGCGUGGUGUCCAGCAGUUAACAAAAAUACGUCACCCACAUGUACUUACUGUGCAGCAUCCCUUGGAAGAGAGCCGUGACUCAUUGGCCUUUGCGACAGAGCCAGUUUUUGCCUCACUGGCCAAUGUAGUGGGCGAUGCAGUCCGCUCUGAGAAAAAGCUCUACGAUGUGGAAAUACGACACGGUCUGCUGCAACUCUUCGAUGGUCUUCAGUUUUUGCACCAUGAUGCGAAAAUUGUGCAUCGCAACAUUAGUGCCGAAACGAUAGUGAUUAACAAGAAUCGUAGUUGGAAACUAUUUGGAUUUGACUUCUGUAUUGCCAAUCAGCCAGCCACAGAUGGCACACCACACUGGCCCUGUCGGGAAUAUAGCACAUCGUUGCAUGUGCUGGCGCAACCCAGUCUCGAGUAUACGGCGCCAGAGCUGGCGCUUCAUAGUGUAAAUACGCCGGACAGUGAUCUCUUCUCCCUAGGCGUGCUCAUCUUCACCAUAUAUUCGGGCAAACCCUUAAAGAUGUUUGGCAGUGACUACAGCGGUUUCAGGCGCUAUGCUACGGAAUUAAAUCAGCGCAAAUAUCCACCCAUGAAUGUCAUACCUAACGAAUUGACCGAAAGCCUGAGAGCUCUGUUACAUCCCAGUGCCACAUUGCGACCCAAGUUGCAUGAACUGAAGCAGAUUGCCUAUUUUCAGGAUGUUGGCGUUAAAACGCUGAGCUAUCUGGACUCGCUAUAUCAAUGGGAUAAUUUACAAAAGUCAAAAUUCUACAAAGGUCUGCCGCAAAUCAUUCCAACAUUGCCGCAUCGUGUUAAUCUGCACUCCAUACUGCCGUAUUUGGUAAAAGAAUUCAUUAAUUCACCCAUGAUACCAUUUGUGUUGCCCAACGUGCUUCUGAUUGCCGAGAUGAGUAGCCAACGAGAAUAUUGCGAUCACAUACUACCGCAUCUGAAACCUAUACUAAAGCUAUCGGAACCCAUACAAAUACUAUUAAUAUUCAUGCAGAAAAUGGAUCUCUUGCUAAAGCUAACGCCGGCGGAGGAAGUAAAGCAACAUGUGUUGCCAUUGCUCUAUCGUUCGCUGGAGUGUGAUAUGCCACAGAUACAAGAACUCUGUCUGGCCGUGUUGCCCACAUUCUCAACAUUAAUUGAUUACAAUGCGAUGAAAAAUGCGCUUAUACCGCGCAUCAAAAAGCUGUGUCUACAGAGUAGCAAUGUGUCGGUGAAAGUAAAUUGUCUUAUAUCGAUUGGCAAGCUGCUGGAAAAUCUAGACAAAUGGCUGGUGCUUGACGAAAUAUUGCCAUUUCUACAACAGAUACAAAGCCGUGAACCGGCCAUUGUCAUGGCCAUCAUUGGUAUUUACAAAAUCGCAAUGACAAACACUAAGUUAGGAAUUACCAAAGAAGUGAUGGCGCACAAAUGUAUACCCUUCCUAGUACCGCUGAGUGUGGAGAACGGUCUGACUAUUGCACAAUUUAAUACGAUUAUUUCGCUAAUCAAGGAAAUGCUUGGUCGUGUGGAGCAUGAGCAGCGCGAAAAACUGCAGCAACUCUCCACCAUACAGCGUGAUAACAAACCCAAGGAUGCAUCUGAAAUAUUGGCCAAUGAACUGGAAGGCUCAACACUUUCGCCUACAAGCAGCAUAGGCGGCAGCAAUGGCAAUAAAAGCGAAGAUGAUAUGUUCUCUGGCUUCAGCGUAGGUCAGUCAAUAGCCAGCCAAAGCACAGUCACGCCCAAGCCCACCUUGACAACCGUCAAGCCCAAGGAGCAGCUCAAAAUAAGCCACACAACGACGGCCACAACAAAGCCGGACAUUCUCUCAUCGCUGAUGCAGACCAACUUGAACAGCUUGGGUCACAAUGCAAUAGCCGCGGGAGCCGCGACGCCCGCAGGACCAACCUACAAUGCUAGCAACAACACCAGCAAUUGGCACAGCACAAAUCCUUUGGUAUUAAAUCAUCAAUUGGCAUCGCCGCAGCCAAGUAACAAUAACUUCACGUCGCUCGAUGGCUUAGAUCCGUUUAAAAAUAAUGGUAGUCAGAAUCAGGGCCAAGUUAAAACCGGUGGCAGUUCCAAUGGUGCAAACAUGUAUACCCUACAGCAGCCAACUGUAAACUAUAUCUAUCCAACGGGCUAUAAUGCCACCUCGAAUAGCAUGAGCAGCAUGCAGCAGAGUAUGAGCAUGAAUAAGCUAAUGAGUACGGGAGCUGCAACGCCAGCAUUGAAGCCACAAACCCCGGCACAGGUAUCGGAUAGCAAGAAUUUGAAUACACUAUCACAACAAGACAUACUAAACUUUCUUAACUAAAAGACAUAUAAAGGGAGAAGCGCGUGAACGAAAAGAAAGCGCAUAAUAUAAAUAUCGCCAAGUAGUUAAUGUUCUACACAAAUAUUCCGUAAACGUUACUUAAUAUACCUACCUACCUAAGGGCUGGGCUGAAUGAAAUAUAUAUCCCCUAUAAGACAAACGGACUAUCUUCGAAACCAAACCGCAACUUGACCCGCGCUCAACCACUUUUGUAGGGGAUUUUUUCCAUUUCGGGCCCUUCCUAUAUACCUAUACAUAUGUAUUUAUAUAUUAAGUAUGAAUGUGUUAUUUGUGUGUACAUGUGCGAGUAUGUGUCUUUGUCCUUAUCUGUAUGUAACUCCUAACGGUUUUUAAUUAUGUAAUCAACAUAUAGAUUUUAUUGCAAGCUGUUUUAACUGUUACCACUGGUAGGUUGAAAUGAUUUAUUCCCCCAAUGUAUUAAGCGAAUAUCAAGCUAUGUAAUUUAUUGUAGUUUAGGCCAACUUCCAUUUACUCUUUACAUGCUUACAUAUAUAUAUUUAUGUAUGUAUGUAAACAGAUUGUGCAAUUUG